AUGGCGGAUCGCGACGCGCGCGGCGGCAUCUACGGCGGCACCCACACCGGCCAGCAGGGCGGCGGCGGCCGGCCGGUCGGGGAGCAUGUGAAGGGCAUGAUCCACGACAAGGGCCCCACGGCGUCGCAGGCGCUGACGGUGGCGACGCUGUUCCCGCUGGGCGGGCUGCUGCUGGUGCUGUCGGGCCUCGCACUGGCGGCCUCCGUGGUGGGGCUCGCCGUGGCCACCCCGGUGUUCCUGAUCUUCAGCCCGGUGCUCGUCCCUGCCGCUCUGCUCAUCGGGAUGGCCGUGACGGGGUUCCUCACGUCGGGCGCGCUGGGCCUGGGCGGGCUCUCCUCGCUCACGUGCCUCGCCAACACGGCGCGGCAGGCGUUCCAGCGCACCCCGGACUACGUGGAGGAGGCGCGCCGCAGGAUGGCGGAGGCCGCGGCGCACGCGGGCCACAAGACCGCGCAGGCCGGGCACGCCAUCCAGAGCAGGGCGCAGGAGGCCGCCGGAGGCGGCGGCGCCGGUGCCGGCGGCGCGGGCGGCGGCAGGGCGUCCUCGUAAACGAGCCAGCACACGGUGCUACUACAUACUACGCGGACACGGCAGGGUAGCGGAAUGCCCGUGUUCGUGUCCGGGAUUUGCUCGUCUCCCCGACCGAGUGUGUUUGCUUGUCGCCUGUGGUGUGUUCGUGCUGGGUGCCGGGCUACCGGUGCGUGGUGUCUGUGUUCCUCAUCGCUUCGGUUCGGAGCUGUGAAUAAGUAGCUAGGGGGAAUAAGGGAGGUGUCGGGCGCAUGUGUGUGUCUGGGAGGAAACGUUGGAGCUCGAUCGAUGGCUAGUGUGGCUGGGCACUGGGGUUGGAUAUAUGUGUUGUGCAUCAGCGUGGUAUGCUCUUCUCGGUCAUGGAAAGCAUUGGUGAAUGUAAUGUCUGUCUGCUGAAUAAUUUCGUCAGUUUUGUUAUGUUGGGA